AUGCUUGCCUACUUCGCUCGCCCGACGACUGUCUUCGCAGCAUUGGUUGUUGGAAAUGCUGUCCAAGCCGCCCUCCAUGGUCACUGUCCACCUCUAGGGGCUGUCCUGCCGGCUCCGACCCGUCCCUCCGCACACGUAUCGGUGCAAGCUGCCGUAGCAGACGUCACAAAUACCCUCCGGAAUCUCACUGUUGGACUUGACGCCACGGGGAUAUCGAUCGCGGUUAAGUCGAUACACGAGGCUGACCCGCUGCUCGAGCUCCAUCAUACGCCAGCGCUCCUCAACACCAAUGGGACUGCUGCCAUCGACUCGCAGUCUGUCUACCGUGUGGGGAGCAUAUCCAAAAUAUUCGCCGUGCUGGCUCUUUUACAACAGAGCCAUGUGAGGUGGGACGACUUGAUUACGGACUACGUUCCGGAGCUCCUCGAGCUGAGGGGAGAGACCGACGAGAUUAACGACAUUACAACUGUCUGCUGGAACGAGGUCACCCUCGGUUCCCUCGCAUCGCAUAUGAGUGGUAUCGGCACAGAUCUCGUGAACGACCUGGGUACCCUUCCGACAGACUGGACUCAAAUUGGAUUGCCUCAGCUCGACGAAACCCAGAAAACCGGAUGCGCCGGCGUCCUUGGCCUUCCUCCCUGCGAUAGAGCCCAGUUCUUUAGGGACUUCGGGAAGCGCCAUCCAGUGUACGCUCCAUUCACGAAUCCGGUCUACUCUAACGUCGCGAGCGUUAUUCUCGGCUUUGCAGUCGAAGCGAUAACCAACGCAACCUAUGACAACUAUGUUAAGGAGUCGAUCUUUGAGCCUCUCUCUAUGACUAAUACAACCAUCUUCGACGCCCCGAAGAAUGAUGCUUGGGGCUUCAUUCCCGUGAAUGAGAUGUGGUGGGGCAGCAGUUUCGGAUACGAGGACAUGGCGGGUGGUUUCUACUCGAACACGGUGGACCUUCUUUCCUUUGGUACCGGUAUCCUGAAGCACAGCGUGCUCGAUGCUCCCAAAACGAGGAAGUGGAUGAAGCCGGAAUCGUCCACCUCUUCAUCUGGUCUCCUGAUGGGCGGACCUUGGGAGAUCUUACGAUCUAAGACGGUAACCAAGGACAAGCGCCUUGUCGAGUUUUACUGCAAGGGGGGAAACCUCAGUACUUACAACAACAUCUUAUGCCUCGUGCCGGACUACGAUCUAGUUAUCACUAUCCUCUCUGGCGGGUCGCAGUCGAGUGCCGAUCUAGUUGAUUUGGCUCUGACGAAGGUUGUCCAGGGGCUGCUUCCUGCUAUCGAGGAGGCAGGCAAAACCGAGGCCUCGUCGAGAUUUGGCGGCACCUACGUCGAUUCGUCUACGAAUUCGACGAUUACCCUUUCGGUCGAUGACGCCCCGGGGUUCGCCGUCUCCAACUGGGUUGUUCGCGACGUCGAUAUCGUUCAGAACUACGGGAGAUUUUCCUCGCCGUCGAGCAGCCCGCAGGACCGAGAAGUCUCCGUCAGGUUGUAUCCGACGAACCUCAGCUCGGGAUAUCAGACUGCAUGGCGCGCCUUCUUCGACGUCGGAAGUCCCGAGCAGAUGGCCGAGAAAGAUAUGAACUCAUUCUGGCCUGACGCGAGCUGCCAUACUUGGGGCUCUAUGGAUAGACUCACGUACGGGUUCCGAUCCGUGGACGAGUUCAUCUUUUCAGUCUCCGGGCGUGGCUCGGCGCAGAGCGUGGAUCUCAGGGCUUUUAGGGUUCAUUUGCAGAAGGCACUUUGA